AUGGGGGCGUAUAGAGCUGAUGAUGAUUACGAUUAUCUGUUCAAGGUUGUUCUGAUUGGUGAUUCUGGUGUUGGUAAAUCCAACCUUUUGUCUAGAUUCACCAAAAAUGAAUUUAGCCUUGAAUCUAAAUCUACCAUUGGUGUCGAGUUUGCAACCAGAAGCAUUAAGGUUGAUGAUAAGGUCAUCAAGGCUCAGAUUUGGGAUACUGCUGGUCAAGAAAGGUAUCGAGCAAUUACAAGUGCAUACUAUAGAGGCGCCGUUGGUGCUUUACUAGUCUAUGAUGUUACACGCCAUGUUACAUUUGAGAAUGUGGAGAGAUGGUUGAAGGAGCUGAGAGACCACACAGACACCAACAUUGUCGUGAUGCUUGUUGGUAACAAAGCUGACUUGCGUCAUCUGCGAGCGGUUUCAACUGAAGAUUCAACGGCUUUUGCGGAAAGAGAGCACACAUUUUUCAUGGAAACGUCUGCGCUCGAGUCCUUGAACGUUGAAAAUGCCUUUACUGAAGUGCUGACACAGAUCUAUCGUGUUGUGAGCAAGAAAGCCCUUGAGAUCGGUGAUGAUCCAGCAGCGUUACCGAAAGGACGGACAAUUGAUGUUGGAUCUCGGGAUGAUGUAUCAGCUGUGAAGAAAUCUGGAUGUUGCUCUUCUUGA